CAAUUUUUCCUCGUAUAUUUUCCCAAAGACGAGAAAGUAGACAAACUAAGAUGGCAAGAACAAAGCAGACUGCUCGCAAGUCUACUGGCGGUAAAGCUCCUCGAAAGCAGCUCGCCACCAAGGCUGCUCGUAAAAGUGCUCCUGCUACUGGCGGAGUCAAAAAGCCUCAUCGUUACAGGCCUGGGACAGUGGCGCUGAGAGAAAUUCGCCGCUACCAGAAGUCUACUGAGCUCCUCAUCCGCAAGCUUCCAUUCCAGCGGUUGGUCAGAGAAAUUGCUCAGGAUUUCAAAACUGACCUCCGAUUCCAGAGCUCGGCCGUCAUGGCUCUGCAGGAGGCUAGUGAAGCCUAUCUGGUAGGUUUGUUCGAGGACACCAACCUUUGUGCCAUUCAUGCCAAGAGAGUGACUAUCAUGCCCAAGGACAUCCAGUUGGCCCGACGUAUCCGCGGAGAACAAAAUGUAGGACACUUGGGAGCCAUCAAAGGGCUUAAAACAAAACAAAAAGUUUGCUCACAGCAAUCGGACGACAAGCAAGAAGUCGGGAACAUGGCAAGAACUAAGCAGACAGCCCGUAAGUCUACUGGCGGUAAAGCUCCCCGAAAGCAGCUCGCCACAAAAGCGGCUCGUAAGAGCGCGCCUGCUACCGGUGGUGUAAAGAAACCUCACCGCUACAGGCCCGGCACUGUAGCUCUGCGAGAGAUCCGUCGCUACCAGAAAUCCACUGAGCUCCUUAUCCGUAAGUUGCCUUUCCAGCGACUGGUGAGAGAAAUCGCCCAGGAUUUCAAGACCGAUCUCCGCUUCCAGAGCUCCGCUGUCAUGGCUCUGCAGGAGUCCAGUGAGGCUUACUUGGUGGGUCUGUUCGAAGAUACCAACUUGUGCGCCAUCCAUGCCAAGAGAGUGACCAUCAUGCCCAAGGACAUCCAGUUGGCUCGCCGCAUUCGUGGAGAACGCGCUUAAAGACGCAAUUGAAGAAAACACAAAGGCUCUUUUCAGAGCCACUA